UUGUAUCAUGUCUGUGAAUAAUUCUGAAAAUAACAAUUCUAAAGAAUUAGAUUCUACACCUACCUUUGAUAUAUAUUCUCUUUUGGAUAAGGAGUUUAUAGUCGAAUUAAGCAGUGAUUCUAAUACAGAAGCAAAUGCUGAUGGAUCGGAUGAACCACCUUCUAAAUGA